UACUUUGAGUGCCUUCCAAUCAAACCUGUGCUGCUGCCUCUGGCUGUCUGCCGCUGAGAAAAGUCGUGGGACCAUGUCGACUAUGGAGAAACACCUAUUUAACUUGAAGUUUGCUGCAAAAGAACUUAAUAGGAAUGCCAAGAAAUGUGAUAAAGAAGAAAAGGCUGAAAAGGCCAAGAUUAAAAAAGCCAUUCAGAAAGGCAAUACAGAAGUUGCAAGAAUACAUGCUGAGAAUGCAAUCCGCCAGAAGAACCAAGCAAUUAAUUUUUUAAGAAUGAGUGCUAGGGUUGAUGCUGUGGCAGCCAGAGUUCAGACUGCAGUAACAAUGGGCAAGGUAACCAAGUCCAUGGCAGGUGUAGUUAAAUCUAUGGAUGCUACAUUGAGGAGUAUGAACCUUGAAAAGAUUUCUGCCCUGAUGGACAAAUUUGAACACCAGUUUGAAACACUGGAUGUUCAAACACAACAAAUGGAAGACACAAUGAGUAGCACUACAACCCUAACAACACCACAAAACCAAGUGGAUAUGCUGCUUCAAGAAAUGGCAGAUGAAGCUGGCCUUGAUCUCAAUAUGGAACUACCACAGGGUCAGACAGGUUCUGUUGGCACAAGUGUUGCUUCUACAGAACAGGAUGAACUAUCACAGAGACUUGCUCGUCUACGUGAUCAAGUGUAAUUUAAAGAACUCGUGUUUUUGUUUACUUCACUUGCCUCUGAAAUACUUUGUGUGUAUAUAUAGAUAAAUUGCACUCCACUUACACUAAGAACACCAUAUAUUACAGAAUGCUUAAACAGUAUUUGUAUAUAAUGCUUUCUUUUGCCUUUCUGUACUUUCCGAUACUUGAAGAAAUUUCAGAGAGUUUCCACCUUGACAGAUUUUACAGUUUUGUAUACUGUGUUGAAAAGUAUGAGGGACAUCUUUUUUUGUAGUUGUCUUUGACUAAGCUAGCCUUAGCUUAUUGUAUAUGAAACAUCGUUCUCAAAAAUUACAUCAAAAAUCUAGCACCAAAGUACUACAGAAAAUAGUACUUUAUACAGAAUAAAGUAUAGAAUAAAGGUUUUGGUUUCUUUUUAAUUCAAAGCAGUUUGAAAUAUCUGUCUGCAUACACAUGUGAUGUGUGAAAAUAAAAGGGAAAACGUGUUUACUUAAUAUGUUUACAUAACCAAAACACCUCAUUUAGCAUCA